AUGCCCCAAGUGUUUCUUGAACGGAGGCAACUUGGGACCAGCGCGGAGGAGCUGGCGGCGCAGCGGUUCGGGGGCUUCUGGGGGUCCCCCGAGUUUGAAAAAAAGCGGAAAAAGAAGAAAAGAGAAAAAGAAAAUAAAAUAAAAGUGAAAAUUCGAAGAAUUUCUAAAAACGGAGGAAAAUCGGAAAAGCGCGGGGUGUCGCGACAGCUGGCGAGUGGCGGGCGCCCGCGGCCGGCGCGGAAAGCAACUCUUUGGGCGAAAGUGCAGAAAAAGAAACGAAGGCCGCGCGGGAAAGCCUCGGGGAAGAGCCGGCGGAGGCACGUGCACGCCGCUGCUGCUGCUGCUGCUGCUGCUGCCAUGCAGCUGCAGGAAAGCAACUCUUUGGGCGAAAGUGCAGAAAAAGAAACGAAGGCCGCGCGGGAAAGCCUCGGGGAAGAGCCGGCGGAGGCGGAAGAGCUCGAGGAAGAGCUCGAGGCCGACAACGCCUCCUUUUCCGAGCUCGACGCCGACGCUCUCGCCGAUAAACUCGACGAAGAAGACAAUUUCGAUUUAAAUGCAAAUUUAAACGAAGAAGUUUCGGAAGAAAACGAAUUCGACGAAGACGAAGACAACUUGCACGCGCCCGACGCCGACGAGUCUUCCUUCCUCGAGGAAGAAGAGGAAGAAGGGGAGUUGGACCUUUCGGAAAUGUCGGAAGAAGACAGAGCCGCAGUCAUGGACUUGUUGACACCCGAAGAGCGCGUGGCCUUUCAGGAAAUGCUGCAGGAGCACAACGCCAAAAACUCCGACCGAGAGGGAGAACUUUAA